AGGAUGGCGGUGGAAGGGCCACACCAGCAGAAGCAAAAGCAGAAGCCACUGGGCAGCGACUCCAAAGGUGUUAACUCCCUGGCCUAUGAGGAAGCCAUCAUGGCUCAGCAGCACCGAAAUCAGCAAGAGAACCCUCUGGUGUCAGAGCGGCUGGAGCACUUGGUCCUGUCCAAGGGGCAUGCCGAGGAUGACAGCAUCUACCAACAGAAGAUCAAGGGCUUUCACAAAAAAUACCUGUACAUCCAGAAGACCAGGCCCCACGGGAACUGCUUCUUGCACCUUCAGACUCUCUUCGGACUGCAGUGGUUCAAGGCCAUGUCUGCCAAGAGCAAAGAGGACCUGGUGUCGCAGGACUUCACCAGGUUCACGAUGGAGGAUUUCUGCAACACGUUCACGGACCUGGUCAAACAGGCAGAGAAGCAGACCUCGGUGGCCGACCUGCUGGCCUGCUUAAACGACCAGAGCACCUCGGACUACCUGGUGGUCUACCUGUGGCCACUUGCCUCUGGCUACCUGCAGCAGGAGAGCAAGUUCUCCCAGCGGGAGAUGGAGCCCACGAGUGAGGGGAGCAAUCACAUCCACGUGGUCACGCUGUCCCAGUGCUGAGCAUGUCCAUCCAGGUGGACGUGGACUGUGGCGUGGCAUGGCGUGGACCAUGGUGACCGUACCACUAACCUGCAUGUCUUCCCCGAGGGCUCCGAGCCCAAGGUCUACCUGCUUAACCGACCCAAGCACUAUGACGUCCUCCACAAAUAG